UUCUACAGGAUGUUCGUAAAAACUGAGCGAGUGGGUUUAGUGUCCGAUGGGGAUUUGCAAUGCGCCUGCCACGUUUCAGCGAGCGAUGAAAAUGACGUUCCAGAACUUCGUCAACAAGACACGGCUGACGCAGGGAAUGAUUAACUUAUGCGUGAUCGUGUACAUGGACGACAUCCUGGUCUAUUUGGAGACCUAUCACGGACACGCGCAACACAUCGAAUGGACAUUGAGUGCAUUAAGAGACGCUGGGUUCAAGAUUGCGCUUGAGAAGAGCGAAUUCUUCCUCUCGAAUAUUUCGUUCUUAGGCUAUGUCGUGACACGUGGAGGAUUGCGGCCAGACUCGAGAAAAGUCACGGCGGUGAAGGAAGCUCCGGUUCCCACGUCACUGAUGCAGGUUCGAGCCUUCUUGGGAUUGGCAUCAUAUUACCGGCGUUUCAUCAAGGGUUUUGCCGCGAUUGCACAACCACUAACGAAUCUGUUACGAAAGGACCUGCCUCUCAACUGGGACGCGAAGUGCCAGCAGGCUUUUGCAACCCUCAAGGACGCUUUGGCAACGGCCCCUAUUUUGAUCCAACCAGACCCCUCGAAGCAGUUCAUUCUCAUUACGGACUGGCAACCCGAAGCUAUCUCUGCUAUUUUAGCACAGAAGGGGAACGAUGGUCGCGAACACGUCAUCGAGUACGCGUCGCGCACCAUACCAAACGAACGAAGGAAUGACUUGGCCCCUCAAGGCAAAUGUUACGCAGUAGUCUGGGGAAUCAAACACUUCCAUCCGUAUCUCUACGGACAGAAGUUUCGCCUCGUGACAGAUCACGAACCUUUGCUGGCAUUAAAGAAGCUCACCAACUACACAGGCAUGACUGACCGUUGGGCGGUGCAAUUGCAAGAAUACGACUUCGAUAUCGUCCAUCGAAAGACAGAGCGACACGGCAACGCGGACGGAUUGACACGUCUGCAUCGACCUGCCAAGUGGUCGGCUUGCGUAGAAGGAGCCGCGGAACGCAUCCCGCCGUCACAACGACAACAUUUGGAUCCCCGGGCGAUUCGCGACCCUGCCUUCUUCAGGCAGCCUACGGCGGAACAGUUUGCUGCCAUUCGGGAAGAAGACGAGGAGGAGGAGAGUACCGAGAGCGACGAAAACGAAGGCGGGCUGGAAGAAAGCGGAGGUAGCGAAGAAGUAUCCAGAGAAAACAAAACCCCCGAAGAAGGAAGUUAUAGCGAGCAUAGUGAGGGGGAACAAAGCGAAGAAGAAGAAGAGGACGAGGAGGAAGACGAAGGGCACGAAGAAGAAUCUGUCGGAUCAGAGUGGGAAGUCGUGCCGGAAGAAGCGUUGCGCACAGGUACAGAAGCAGAGGACCCCGAGGAAGCCCGUAAAAGAGAGGAGAUCACGGCCAGGAAGACGGAGUUAGAACUCACAGGCGCGGCGAGUCUGUAGAUCUGCGACGACCCAAACCGAGAUCAAGAGCCGCCCCGACCCGAAGAUGGCAACCUCGAGGCCACGACUCCGGCCCCAUCGGCACGG